AAGGCCUAAACACCCAUUGGGUACCUAGGGCUAUAGGGGGGCCACACGGACUCUGGCGAGGGAACACGUGUGCAUGCAACAUGCACACAUUCUGGCUCCGCCUACGAGAUCCGCCGGGUGGUACCUCCACGUUCGUCAGAGACCGUCUACCACCUACGGACAAUCAUAACAUCCAUAGCCAAGAGAAAAAUUUCUCCUGGGAUGGGACUCGAACCCGCACAGCGCACGGCGACUGAUCAGGAGACCGAAGAGUCUACUACUGCGGCCACCGCUGCUGCAUGCCCACUAUUAAAUGUUACAUUCAUUCUCUUGGC